AUGAGCAGCUCGAGCAGCUCCAGAGGCGGCUUCCUCCGGAACCGCGUGGCGAAAGACUCCGCCUUCCUCCAACGCAGUCGCGACUUCGACUCGAGCGUCUCACGUGACAAGGCCAUCCUGUUGUGCAUCCACAACGGCGUCUUGGCCAUGGGCGUGUCGCUCGUGCGAGAGCUGCGGUGUCUCGGGAAUGAGGAGCUCAUCCAAGUGUAUCACUGCGGGCCGGAGGAGCUGUCGGACGAGUCGAGAGAGCUGCUCUUCAGUAUUGACGACCGACUGGAGACCGUGGACGUCUGGUGGAUCAAACCUCUGGCCCUGUACGAUACCGACGUGCGGCACGUUAUACUGAUGGACGUCGACGACAUUAUCAUGAAGGACCCAGCGUAUCUCCGCAGCCUGAAGCCGUACCAGACAACGGGCACGACGUUCUUCUACGACCGAGUGCACGCCAACUGCAGCGAGCACUUGAACGGCAAGGACGGCGACAUGCAGUACCUCAAGAAGCUCCUGACCACGUUCGACUACGGGCGGUUCAACUUGUCCGAGGAAUACUGGCACGCUCCGUCCCGUCAAGCGCUCGAGUCGUUCGCGUACGCAGGGAAAACGUGCCACGAGAUGGACUCCUCCCUAGUGCUGGUAGACAAGGAACGCGCGGGCCAAACCGUCUUGGACAUAAUGCUCUGGUUCAUCACCGAAGAGCGUCUCCGAUUCCGAUACUCCUUCGGCGACAAGGAGACAUUCUGGCUGUCGUUUGAGCUGGCGCACGUGCCCUACUCAUUCUCGCCGUGGGGAGUGAGCGUGGUGUCGUCGACUCCGAGUCGAGACAUGGAGAAGCACCCGGACUCGCUCUGCGGCAGCAUUCUCCAGUACAUGCCCAGUGAGGACCGAGUUCCCGAGAUGUUGUACGUGAACGGGAAGGCGCUACUGGACCCGUAUCCGCAGGGCAUCGGCUUUGUGCGGCAGGCGCAGUGGAACAACAUGUUCAACUCGCUGCCGACGCACAUGACGCCGCGCUUGCCACGCACGGAGCUGACUCGCUCUUCGCACGAGGAGAAGCUGUGGUCCGAGUGUAUGAUGGGGCUGGGAUCCACUCCACUACCCAAGCUGUUCGCGGGCAAUCUGCUUCGCCGAAGGAUGCACUACUGGGGCGUGCUUUCGGCCGUCACAGGCGCUCUACAGCAGUGCGAAAUCUUCCAGUAG